AUUAGAGUCUGGAGCACUUUCGCCGAUCCUAUCAAAAUGGCAAAUGACAUGUACAGCGGAAGAAAGGACACCAGCGUCUACAAAGCCGUACACAACAUGUUGUUGGCACAUGAAUGUAUGUACCAUGCAUACAAGAACGCACAAUAUACGGGACAAAUUGGCAUUGGUCUUCAUGGUGUUUGGUUUGAGCCGGAGAGAUCAUUGGAACCAUUUAUAAAUGACACGAUGGAAAAAGUGUUCCAGUUUGAAAUAGGGUGGAUGUUGGAUCCUUUACUAAAGACAGGAAAUUACCCAACCGUUAUGGAAACUAUUCUUGGAGAUAAACUCCUCAACUUCACAGACCUGGAGAAACGUUUACUUAAAGGUUCUACCGAUUUCAUCACUGUGACUAAUUACGAGCCUUACCUGGUCACUAGAGAUGACAUUGCAGACAAAGGGGCAGUAUUGAAGAGGAACCCUACCUGGAAGAAAAGUGAUGACCCAUUGACAUACAUGUAUCCAGAAGGUUUAGGAAAAUUGCUGAAGAGUCUAAGCGAAAGGUACAAGGUAGACAUGUAUGUUGAAAUACCAGAAGUUAAUGAAGUUGCUGAUGGUGUAAGGGACAAACUAAGAGUGGAAUCAAUAAGGGAACACAUUGAUGAGGUUCUUAAAGCAAUAAACCUUGAGCAAGUCACAGCAGUCAAAGGUCUAUAUGUUAAAAAUCUUGUGGACAGCAUUCCAACAGUCGUUGCAAACCAAAAGAUCGGUGGCUUAUACACUCUGGAUGCUGAGACCAUGUCGAGAACCAAAAAACUAUCCUCUGUUUUAUAUACUCAGAUCAUAAAAGACAAUGGAAUCAUGCCUGGUUACAACGGCCCAGGAGGGUUUCCAAGCGGUCACAUCCUGCACGAAGAUGGGAUUUAUUACGAUGAUUUUCCUGAUGAUUUUGCUUGGAGUUCUGCUACCUCAGCUUAUCAGAUUGAAGGUGGCUGGAAUGAAGACGGCAAAGGAUUAAGUAUUUGGGAUGUACAUGCUAACAAACCUGGAAAUGUGUUCAACAAUGACAAUGGGAAGAUUGCAUGUGACAGUUAUCACAAAUAUAUGGAGGAUGUUAAAAUACUGAAAGCUUUAGGGACAAAAUAUUACCGAUUUUCGAUAGCAUGGACUCGACUGAUGCCAGAUGGUACAAAAGACAAUAUUAACGAAAAAGGAAUACAGUAUUACAACAAUCUGAUCGAUGCUUUGAAAGCCGAAGGGAUUGAGCCAAUGGUAACCUUGUAUCACUGGGACUUACCGGUAGCUCUGCAAGAGCACGGAGGCUGGCUGAACGAGACAACUACCGACCAUUUCAGGGACUAUGCUAAUCUUUGCUUCGAACGAUUUGGAGAUAGGGUGAAGUUCUGGAUAACAUUUAACGAACCCUGGAUAGUUGCCUACAUGGGUUACGGCAUAGCUGUAUUUCCCCCGGGACAUUACUCCCCUGGCGAGGAUGUAUACAUAGCCACUCAUAACCUCAUCAAGGCUCAUGCUAAAGCUUACAGAAUAUACGAGUCCGAUCAUAAGGAGAAAGGAGGUAAAAUCGGCAUAACACUGAACGUGGGGUGGUCGGAGCCAUUUGAUAAGUAUAACCCUGACGACCUGGAAACGUCAGAUCGUGACAUUAACUUCAACCUUGGUUGGUUUGCCCACGCUAUUUACGUUAACGGUGACUAUCCUGAUGUGAUGAAGAAGAACGUCUAUGAUAAAAGUAUGAAACAAGGAUACAAAAAGUCAAGAUUGCCGGAAUUUACAUUUCAAGAAAAAAUCUUCAUAAACGGAACAUAUGAUUUCCUCGGACUGAACUUUUACACUUCUGGUAUGGUGACUGCGGACAAAAAGACUGACGAACACGGUAGUUAUGAUGAUGACAAAGAUAUAAAAGGUGCUGGAAGUCCCGACUGGCUCGGGUCUGGGUCAGGAUGGUUAAAAGUCACUCCAUUUGGUAUGAGGAAGAUUCUGAACUGGCUAAAGAAGGAAUAUAACAAUGUACCAGUCUACGUGACAGAGAAUGGAAUAUCAGACAGAAACGCGACACUCCGUGACUACCAUAGAAUUCAUUAUUACAGGACAUACAUAAAUGAAAUGCUAAAAGCUAUUAAGCUUGACGGCUGUAAUGUACGAGGAUACACAGCAUGGUCUUUGAUGGACAAUUUUGAAUGGGGUGUUGGUUACGCGGAGAAAUUUGGAAUUCACUAUGUCAACUUCAGUGACCCUGAGAGACCCAGAAUACCUAAAGGCUCUGCAUAUUGGUAUACGCAGAUGGUGGCGGACAACGGGUUUAAACCAGGCUACCCUGCUAUCGGAGGGAGGGGUACUGCUCCAGACUAUGUUGGAAAGUUCUAUUAUGACACCUUUCCCGAAGAUUUCGAAUGGGGUAUUGCGACGUCUGCAUACCAAGUGGAAGGUGCAUGGAAUGAGGAUGGCCGCGGUGUUAGUAUAUGGGAUACAUUUACUCAUGCUGGUAAAGCCAAGAACGGUGACACGGGCGACAUUGCUGCUGACAGUUACCAUAAAUAUAAAGAGGACGUUCAACUGCUACGACAUCUAAAGGUCAAUUACUACCGUUUCUCUAUAUCUUGGCCGCGAAUAUUUCCUAACGGAACUGGCGAAGCCAAUCCUAAAGGCAUCCAGUAUUACAACAAUCUGAUAGAUGAGUUGAUUCGAUGGAAUAUCAAACCAGUAGUCACUCUGUACUACUGGGAUCUUCCACAGGUAUUAGAAGACAAUGGUGGAUGGUUGAACAAUGAAACAGUGGAUCAUUUCAAGGUGUUUGCAGACACCUGCUUUGAUGCCUUUGCAGAUCGGGUUUCAAUGUGGAUAACUAUCAACGAGCCAGGUAUUAUAAGUAACAUGGGUUAUGGUAUUGGAUAUGAUGCGCCUGGUAAAACUGGACCUGGGGUCAACAACUACAUUGUAGCCCAUAAUUUACUGAAAGCACAUGCGAAAGCUUACAGACUUUAUCAAGAUAAAUAUUCAGCUAAUAAAGGUAAGUUUGGCCUCGCCCUGAAUGUCGACUGGAGGGAGCCGAAGGACGAAUUUUCUCCCUCAGAUUGGGAGGCGUCUGAGAGGGCAUUGCAAUUCCAGCUAGGAUGGUUUGCGAACCCUGUAUUUGGGUAUGGGGACUAUCCACAGGUCAUGAAAGAACAGAUUUGUAACAGAAGCUUUGCACAAGGGCAUAAGGAAUGUAGACUACCAACAUUCACAGAGGAGGAGAAGAGAGAUUUAAAAGGUUCGGCUGACUUUUUCGGCGUCAAUGUGUUUACUGCCUACUUAUGUACGGAACAGAAUUACUCUGUCAGUGAUAAAGGAUUUUGGCAGGACAGUGCAACUAAGUGCGACCAGGAUCCAAAAUGGGAAGGGUCCGGAUCAUUUUGGUUGAAAGUGACACCAUGGGCUAUGCGGAAAGCACUGAACUGGAUCAAGUCUCAUUAUGGAGAUGUUCCAGUAUACAUCACUUCUAACACAUUUUCUGAUACAACUGGCAAACUAAACGAUACAGACAGAAUUGCGUAUCAUAGGGAAUACAUUAACGAACUACUGAAAGCGGUGAAACUUGACAAUGUCAACGUCAAGGGAUACACAGCUUGGUCUCUUCUUGAUAACUUGGAGUGGACUUCCGGUUAUUCGGAACAUUUUGGACUGUAUCACGUGAAUUUUACAGACCCAAAUAGGAAAAGGACGCCAAAGGCAUCAGCCAGAUUUUACAGGGAUGUCAUAACAAACAAUGGAUUCCAAGAAAACGACCAAGAUAAGAAUUUAGUACAAGAAAGUGAUUUCAUGUACGAGAAUUUCCCCGAUGAUUUUGCAUGGAGUGCUGCCACUGCAGCUUAUCAGGUUGAGGGAGGGUGGAACGAAGGAGGUCGUGGACCAAGUAUAUGGGACACAUUCUCUCAUACAUCUGGAAAUGUGGACAACAAUGACACUGGCGACGUGGCAUGCUACAGCUACAAAUACUAUGAGAAGGAUGUAAAACUUCUUCAAGGAUUAGGGGUCAGCCACUAUCGGUUUUCAAUUUCGUGGCCACGAAUAUUUCCCAAUGGUUAUGGUGAUCCGAACAUGGAAGGUAUAGAUUAUUACAACAGGCUGAUAGAUGCCCUCCUGGAUGCUGGUAUAACUCCUAUGAUAACAUUGUAUCACUGGGACCUACCUCAAGCAUUAGAGAACUACGGAGGAUGGAGGAAUGAAACUACGGCUGAUCAUUUUGCCAAUUAUGCUGAUGUUUGCUUUGACCAUUUUGGAGACCGGGUAAAGUUCUGGAUUACCUUGAAUGAGCCAUGGGUUGUAUCUCUGUUAGGACAUGAAUAUGCAGCAAUGGCGCCUGGUUUGAGAACUAAAGGUACUGCAAUAUACCAGGUGUCAAGAACACUUAUACUGGCUCAUGCAAAAGCUUUCAGAAUAUACGACGCCAAAUACAAGCCAACACAACAUGGACAGGUUGGAAUAACUAUGAAUUGUAAUUGGUGGGUACCGAAGAAUCCAUUUGACCCAGAUGAUAAGAACGCCGCAGAGCGAGGUCUUCAGUUCCAUCUUGGAUGGUUUGCUCAUCCUAUCUAUGUAAAUGGUGACUACCCAGAAAUCAUGAAACAACAAAUUGAUAGAAGAAGCAAAGAACAGGGACUGAACGAGUCCAGGCUUCCACCAUUUUCAGACGAAGAAAAACGUUUGAUUAAAGGUUCAUUUGAUUUCUUCGGACUGAACAUGUACACGUCAGUCGUGGCGUCUCAUAAUACAUGUGACGAGUCGGACACAUCAUACGAAUGUGACGAAGAAGUCAUCGAGGAGAAAGAUCCGAACUGGCUCGGUUCUGGGUCCGACUGGCUGAAGGUGACACCAGUCGGCAUUAGAAGAUUGUUAAAUUGGAUCAAAGAAGAGUAUGGGGAUGUUCCUUUAUAUAUCACCGAAAACGGCAUAUCUGAUCGUAACGGAUCACUUGAGGAUCAGCAUAGAAUAUUCUAUUAUAAAAAUUACAUUAACAAUGUCUUAAAAGCCAUUAAGCUUGAUGGAUGUAACGUAAAAGGGUAUACCGCGUGGUCUUUGAUGGACAAUUUUGAAUGGGCACGAGGUUACACAGAAAGAUUUGGCCUACAUUAUGUAAACUUUACCGACCCUGAACGACCAAGGACACCGAAGGCGUCAGCAGUUUGGUACAGAAAUCUGAUCAGUCAGAAUGGAUUCGUUGAGACAGCAAUUCCAUAUGAGAAUGAGAUGUUUUACGGACAAUUUCCAGACGAUUUCGCCUGGUCAGUGGCGACGGCGGCAUAUCAGAUAGAAGGUGGAGCAAACGAAGGAGGUAGGGGAGAAAGUAUAUGGGAUGUGUUCUCCAGGAUUCCUGGAAAAGUACUGGAAGGUCACACCGGGGAAAUAGCAGACGACAGUUAUCAUAAAUACCCAGAGGAUGUAAAUCUGCUCCGAUCUUUAAAGGUGUCACACUACCGUUUCUCGAUUGCUUGGCCCAGGAUAUUUCCUCUUGGUUCUGGUACCGUUCCAAACCAAGCCGGUAUAGACUACUACAACAAAGUUAUAGAUCUUCUACUAUCUGCAAAUAUCGUUCCUAUGGUAACACUCUAUCAUUGGGACCUCCCUCAAGAAUUGCAAAUAUACGGAGGUUGGACAAAUAGGACGACGGCUGAUUUGUACGCGGACUAUGUCGAUGUUUGUUUCAAACAUUUUGGUGAUAGGGUGAAACUGUGGAUAACUUUGAACGAACCAUGGGUUGUAUCAUAUAUGGGAUACGGUUCUGGAGAAUAUGCACCAGGUUGGAAUAAAACGGGUACAUCCGACUACCAAGCAGGGCAUACCCUGAUUCUGGCACAUGCAAAGGCUUACAAUAUAUACCAGACCAAAUACAAGAACAAACAGAAAGGUAAAGUGGGUAUUACGAUGAAUUGUGAUUACGCAACGCCAAAGAACCGAAAGAACCCCGCGGAUUUUACAGCAGCUGACAGACAUAUAGAGUUCCAGUUGGGCUGGUUUGCUCAUCCAAUAUUUGUAGACGGAGAUUAUCCUAGGGUUAUGAGGCAUCAAAUAGACAAGAAAAGCAAAGAUUUAAAUGAAUCAAGACUGCCACACUUUACGGAAGAGGAGAAGAAACUUAUCAAAGGAUCUGCCGAUUUUCUGGGACUUAACCAGUAUACAACUCUACUGGUAGAAGAUUAUGAAUUCCCCACCGUGGAUCACACGUACUACAAUGAUAUGGACAUUAAAGAAAGUAGGGAUCCCAGUUGGCUUGGGUCUGGUUCUGACUGGUUGUUUGUUACGCCAUUUGGAAUGCGUCGACUGUUGAACUGGAUCAAAAGUCACUAUGGCAACGUACCUAUAUACAUCACGGAGAACGGUAUCACUGAUAGAAAUGCUACAUUACAGGAUCACCAUAGAAUAUUUUACUACAAGGGAUAUAUUAAUGAGGUUCUAAAAGCCGUCCUGCUGGAUAAUGUGAAUGUAAAAGGAUACACUGCUUGGUCACUGAUUGAUAAUUUUGAAUGGUCUCAUGGUUAUAUUGAACGGUUUGGAUUGCAUUAUGUCAACUUCUCGGACCCUGAGCGCCCGAGAAUUCCGAAGCUUUCCGCAGGCUGGUACCGUGAAACAGUAUUGAGAAGAGGAUUUCCGGAAUAUCCCAUUAACCAGACUGAUUGGCAAUACCAGGACGACUUCCUGUAUGGGUUAUUUCCGGAAAACUUUGCUUGGAGUGUUGCCACGGCAGCGUAUCAAGUUGAAGGUGGAUGGAACGAAGAUGGCAAGGGAGUCAGUAUAUGGGACACGUUCUCACAUACGAACAGAAUCAAAAACGGCGACACGGGAGAUAUUGCUUGUGAUACAUACCACAAAUAUUUAACUGAUAUCACACUCUUGAAGAAUUUAAAGAUUUCCCAUUACCGAUUUUCAAUAUCAUGGCCAAGAAUCCUACCUGAUGGUACCAAUAAAUACAUCAAUCCAGCUGGUAUUGCGUAUUAUAAUGAUUUGAUCGAUGCACUUCUGGACGCUGAAAUUGUUCCCAUGGUAACCAUGUAUCACUGGGACUUGCCUCAAGCUCUUGAAGAUGACGGUGGUUGGACAAAUGAUAGUAUUGUUGACAGAUUUGUUGAUUAUGCCAGAGUACUGUUCGAUUACUUUGGAAAUAGGGUCAAAUUCUGGAUAACUCAUAAUGAACCAUGGGUAGCAGCUCACCAUGGAUACGAGAGUGCAGAUCACGCACCCGGUCGGAAAGGUCAAGGUUAUUCUGCCGGUCACAAUUUUCUUCGUUCACAUGGAAAAGUAUAUCGACUUUAUCAGAAGGAGUAUAGAUCGUCACAACAAGGUCAAGUUGGAAUCACAUUGAGUCACAUGUGGGGAGAACCUCAUGGUAAUCAAAGUCUUGCUGACAUCGAGGCCGCCGAAAGGUUUAAUCAGUUUGGUCUGGGAUGGUUUGCUAAUCCCAUAUAUGGCAAUGGAGAUUACCCGGAUGUUAUGAAAUGGCAGAUCGGUAAUAAGAGCUUAGAGCAAGGGUUAAAUAGCUCCAGAUUACCUGAAUUUACUGAUGAAGAAAAAGAAAUGUUGAAAGGAAGCGCUGAUUUCAUGGGAUAUAAUUUAUAUACAUCCGCCUUGAUACAGGCUAGUGUAAAGCCUCUUCAUCCGGCGAGCUAUGAGGGGGAUCUCGAUCUGAUAGAAAGCAAAGACCCAGCAUGGCUUAAGUCAGGAUCAGAGUGGUUACGGGUAACACCUUGGGGACUACGCCGAGGUCUGAACUGGAUCAAGUCUCAUUAUAACAAUUUCCCGGUUUACAUUACUGAAAAUGGAGUCUCUGAUAAUACAGGCAGAACCUCAGACCAAUAUAGAAUAGACUAUUACAGACAGUAUAUCAACGAGGUGUUAAAAGCCAUACGAUUAGACGGAUGUGACGUCAGAGGCUACACAGCCUGGUCAUUCCUGGACAACUUUGAAUGGAUGGAAGGUUAUUCGGAACACUUCGGUCUACAUUCCGUAAACUUCUCGGACCCAGAAAGGCAGAGAACACCAAAAUUAUCGGCUGCAUAUUUUACAAGCGUAAUAGAAGACAAUGGGUUUUACAAACCUGGAAAUGAUACUACCGAGUUAACAGUCAUCAGUACUGUCACCCCUGCGCCUCAAGUUUUCCAUUAUCCAGAAAAAGACAGUAACGAUACUGAAUGGGCAUAUGAGGAUGACUUUCUGUAUGGAGUAUUCCCAGACAAUUUUGCCUGGAGUGUUGCCACAGCAGCGUAUCAAGUGGAGGGUGGAUGGAAUGAAGACGGUAAAGGUAUGAGUAUAUGGGACACAUUUUCGAGACAGGGAAAGAUAGACAACAAAGACACGGGCGAUAUAGCUUGUGAUACUUACCAUAAAUAUCUAGAUGACAUUACACUACUAAAGAACCUUAAGAUAAACCACUACCGAUUUUCGAUAUCCUGGUCCAGGAUCCUUCCUGAUGGUACUACUAGAUUCAUAAAUCCUGCAGGCAUUGCUUACUACAACGAUUUAAUUGAUGCGUUACUUGACGCCAGUAUCACUCCUAUGGUAACGCUUUAUCACUCGGAUCUACCUCAAGAUCUAGAAAAUGUAGGAGGCUGGACCAACAAUACCAUAGUGGAUAUGUUUGCAGAUUAUGCAAGAGUAUUGUUCAACAACUUCGGUGACAGGGUCAAGUUUUGGAUAACAAUUAACGAGCCAUGGGUUGUUGCCCACCACGGGUACGAGACUGGCGACCAUGCUCCGGGUCGCAAAGGUGUGGGCUACUCUGCAGGCCACAAUCUAAUUCGUUCACAUGGAAGAGUGUACAACAUUUACAGGGAUUAUUACCAGAAGAAACAAAAAGGAAUGGUUGGCAUAACAUACAGUCAUAGACUGGGAGAACCAUACAACAAGGGAUCUCAGGCUGAUAUAGAAGCUGCUGAAAGGUUUAACCAGUUCUAUCUAGGCUGGUUUGCAAACCCGAUAUUUGGUAAUGGAGACUACCCAGAUGUUAUGAAAUGGCAAGUUGGAAACAAGAGUGUUGAACAAGGCUACAAAUCGUCAAGACUCCCAGAAUUUACCACAGAAGAAAAGGCUAUGCUUAAAGGGAGUGCAGAUUUUCUUGGGUACAACUUCUACACAGAGAAUCUUAUCCAAGCCAGCAAGAGCCCGCUUACACCGGUUGGAUACGAAACAGAUUUGGAUGUGAUACAAAUAAAAGAACCCUGUUGGAAAAGAACUGGAUCCGAAUGGUUACGUGUGACACCAUGGGCGUUACGGAGAGGUUUGAAUUGGUUAAAAUCUCACUACAACAACUUUCCAGUGUACAUUACAGAAAAUGGCGUUUCAGACAAUACAGGGACGACUUCGGACCAUCACCGAGUUGACUUUUACAGAGAAUAUAUAAAUGAAGUCCUUAAAGCAAUUAGGAUCGACGGUUGUGAUGUAAGAGGCUAUACGGCUUGGUCAUUCUUGGACAAUUUUGAAUGGAUGAGAGGUUAUUCGGAACAUUUCGGACUUCACCAUGUAAAUUUUUCUGAUCCGGAGAGACCAAGAACACCGAAGUUAUCCGCAUCAUAUUUCAGAUCAAUCAUAGAAAAUAAUGGAUUUUUGAAAUAUGGAAAUUCUACUGGUCAAAGAAAUAACUAUAAUAUCACCUGUCAUACGAAUACUGUUCCUGAAGUAAGCACUGAUGCAACAAUUAAGAGUAGCAAAAUGCCACAAUCGAGCACAGUUCAAACGGUGGUUACCAAAAAGGCAGAAAAAAGCACUGUUCAAGUGUCAGCUAGUAAAAGCUCUGUUCAAGUGCCAGCUAGUAAAAGCACCAUUCAAGUGUUAGCUAGUAAAAAAACUGAAAAAAGUACCAUUCCAACAGUUGCUACUAAAAAGCCAGUUAACAAAGUAACAACACCUGAAAAUAAGUCAUCGGCUACCGACUUAAAUGCUUUAUAUGUGAUUAUAUUAUUUUCGAUUAUCUUCAUUCUAGGCUACUGAAAAUUUACAUAAACGUAUAUUUUAAUUACAAGUUGGGUUACAUGAACUUGAACAUUUUGUGAGAAUAUUAAUGCUGUAUUGCAAUGAUUCCAUGAAGUCAAGACAGAAUGACGUUUUCUGAGGCAUAUUGAAAAUAACUGAUCAGAUUUGUUUUCUGGUUACAGACAUAGGUAUAGAUCUCCAUCAAUUGAUCUCAGUUUUUGUAUUUAGCAAAUAUAGCAAAUCAGGUACAAUGUUGUUGUUUUUUUUCAAAUAGAUAACACACAUUUCGAUUAAAUCAUAACCUUUCUAAGACAAUUAGUUUUAUCAUUGCGAAUGAAUCCUUUCUUAUUCUUCAAUUCUUUUAGUUGCUUAUUUAUAUUUUGAAAAUAAUCUUUGUAAUACAACAUCCGAAAUUAAAAA